GCGUGCUGUGGUGCCGCGAUGGACGCGGACCUGGAAAUAGACGGGAAGCCACUAUCGGCACUGCGUGUGAUAGAUUUAAAGGAUGAGCUAGACAAAAGGAACUUGUCCAAGUCUGGCACAAAGAAAGAAUUGCUGGAGCGACUUCGCGCGCAUGUCCAUUUGGAGAGAGAGCGAGAAAGAAGUGCUAGCAGUGAAGAAGACCAGGCACCCAACAUCAGUUUGAGGAAUGAGGGAGCCUUGGCUGGCAAUGACUUCAUCAAGCAAUACCUAGAGAAGCAGCAGGCGCAGCUCAUCCAACAGCGUGAGGCCCGCCGUAAGGUGGAAGGUGACGGACAGCGCGGGUCCCAGUCGGAGAGCGCCGACAGCCAGGAGGAAGAGGAGGUGGACACGGGCCCGCGAGCGGCGCCCCACCAGAGCAGAAGGCUCAGCCCAGCGAAGCCCCCCGGCAAGGGAGACGAGGAGUCGCAGAAGAACAAGGAGUCUCAGAGGGACAAGGAGUCCCAGAAGGAUAAGAAGUCUCUGAGCGAUAAGGCUGAGGAUGAACCCACAAAGGACAAGGAGUCCCAGAAGGACGAGGAGUCCCAGAAGGACGAGGAGUCCCAGAAGAGCAAGGCCGCUCACAAAGAUCCCGAGAAGGAGAAGGAGUCUCAGAGGGAGCCACAGAAGGCGGCCGACUGGCGCGAGAACGCCGACUUCUGGCGCGUCAAGCCGGCCGAGGCCGACCCGCCUGCGCCCGCCUUCAGACGGCUCGUGUCGCUGAGGCGGGACCGCAAGCGGCGCGAGGACAAGAAUGACGCCGGCCCCGGCGAGAAGCGGCGCCGUCGCUGGGGCACGCAGCUCUCCGACGAGAAGAAGGUGGUCAGCAUCUCGACCGACUCGCUCAAGGACCUGGUGCCGGACGUGAAGCCGCUGCCGGCGGACGACGUACGGCUGGAGCCGGACUCGUCGGAGGGCGAGGUGGACUCUGAGCCGGCGCCGGGGGCCGGCCCGGCGCCGCCGCCCCUUAUCAAGCGCACCGUCACGCAGGAUGUGCGCGGCGGUGGAGGCGGCCGCGCGGAGCCGGCGCGGCGGCCGCGCAUGGAGCGCCAGCCGUCGCCGGCCCGGCACAAGGCCUCCAGCGUCGUCCUCAUCCGAAACCUGGUGCGGCCCUUCACCGUCAAUCAGCUCAAGGAGCUGCUGGCCAGGACAGGCAAGAUCACAGACUUCUGGAUCGACAACAUCAAGUCCAAGUGCUAUUGCCAGUACGAGACGGAGGCACAGUCGGUGGAGACCCGGACGGCGCUGCACGGCGUGCGCUGGCCGCCGUCCAACCCCAAGAAGCUGCUCGUCGACUACUCUACCGCCGACGAGUUGGACUUCCACAAGGCGCUAACCGAGCAGAUCCCGCGCAAGACCGAGCCGCUCAAGGUCGACCCGUACUUCGCCACGCGCCAGCAGGAGGAGCAGCGCGCUGAGACGGCGCGCGAGAAGCGGCGGGAGGUGGUGCGGGAGUGGGACCGCGUCAAGAUCGGCGAGACCAGUCCCGGCGAGAAGGAGCGCGAGCGCGAGCAGCGGCGCCGCGAGCGCGAGGAGGAGGCCGAGCGCAAGAGGAGGCGGAGCAGAAGCGCCGACAAGGAGAAGGAAGAGAAAAAGGAGAAGCGGCAGAAGGAGGAGGCGCCGGCCAAGCUGCUGGACGACCUGUUCCGCAAGACCAAGGCGACGCCGUGCAUCUACUGGCUGCCGCUGACGGCCGAGCAGAUUGCCGACAAGGAGCGCCAGCGCCGGCUGCGCAUGGCCGAACGCCAGAAGCGGCUGGACGCCAUCCAGGCGGCGUCGGCGGCGUCGGCUCCGCGCCGCAGCCGCAGCCGCAGCCGGUCCGGCUCGCGCGAGCGGCGCCGCCGCUAGCCGCAGGCCGGACGGGUCUGCCGUGGACCGUCUGAGCACGCGGCCCAGGAUCGACCGGCGCGACGCCCGAUAGGAGGCCCCAGCACGCCAGUCGCCGCCCACCGCACUGUAAUUCCUGGUUCAUUUUAUUAGUCUAGCCUCCGCGCCUAAGCACGUGCGCGCGUGAGUGUGUGCGUGUGUGUGUUCAGACGAUCGUUCCCGAGCAGGUGAGUACGUCUUAGUUUGACGCCGUUCGCCGCCGGCCGCCGGGGCGGCCGGCUCGGCGGGCGCCUGACCGUGAACCAUUUUCAGGGCCGGACGGCGGCGCGAUGCAGGUGAGUCUCCGCUGAAUGACCGCUGAUGUCCCGUUCUCCGCCAGUAGGUGGCGGCCUAGCGGGGUGAGAGCGGCCCGGGCGAGAGCGGCCAGUGCGCGCGCGUGACAUGUUGUGGCCGGCGGGCGGUUGUGGCGACGCGCGGAGCGAGAGGACAGGGGCGCGGCCGGCCGCGGAUGGCCACGGCGGCCCGGCCGCGCCUGGCCGGGCCGCCGCCGGUGGCCGGCCGGCCGCGCCGGACACGACGCCUGCGGGCGCGAGCAGCGCAGAGUGACCGCCGCGAGGCCGGAGCCGGAGCCCGACGGCGGCGCCUCGCCUCUGCCGCGGCGCCGUCGACGUCCAGCCGCCAAGGACGGCGGCGUCGCGCCCUCCUUCGAAGCGGUGCUGCACCGCGGCCUCCCCGGACGGGGACGCCGCAUCCAGCAAGACUCGCCAGCACCAAUCGUCCCGUGGUCGAUCUAUUUACAUGGAAAUAAACGUCAUAGUUCAACGACAAUACAUUGUCCGUACACGG